AAGUUGGUCAGUGAGUGUGUGGAUGCGGUGGAAGGAGGUCGCGGUUGUACGCUCGCACGUUGGAACUGACUGUGGGGAUCGUGCGCUGGAAAUUGUUAGUUGCGCCAAAUACAUUUAUCGUAGACAAUAAUAUUUUCCCCAUAUUUUGAAGGCUAUUUUUGUUACUUGUGUUCUUGUGCUUGUAGAGAAGACUUAACAAAUUCGUCCAAUAAAUUGGAUUAAGGCUAUCUGCGCUUGUGAUGAGAUCUUCAUAAUUGAGAAGACGUCACCUGAAAGACUUUCCAAGAUGCUGGGGCAGGAGAAGGCGAGGCCUCCUGCCUCCCUUAGGAUAUGGCCUCCUGUGCUCCUGCUUCUGUUCUAUCUGCUGCCUCUUCCAGCAGAGGCCCUUUCCAUGGAGACAUGCGACGGUCGACCUCAUCAGGUCACUCUCAACACUCAGGCCCAGGCAUAUGUUGGUGUCGUUCUUGGGGCAUCGAAGGCUGGAGAGGGCAUGUAUGGCUGUGGGGGCUGGAGAGAUUCGGGCAUUCAAUCGUACGAGGCUCUGCGAUGGGCUCUCAAUCGUGCCAACCAAGAUGGAGGCGGCAUUGGGUCAAGGAUUGUCACAGAUUCUUUCAUUCCUGGAGUCAAAUUCGGCCUGCAUGUAUACGAUUCGUGUGAACACGGCGAGCGCGCUGUGGCUGGUUUAGGCGAGGUGUUUCCAGUGGUUAGAGAAGGUCCCUCUGCGUGCUCUCCACUGAGUAACGACACACUUCUGGCUCUGGGCAUAGUAGACCUCACUGGAGUAGCUUCCUCUCAUCCCAGCCUUUCUCCACUUCUUCAGAAGUACCACGUCCCUGUUGUCAACGUGGCUGCCCAGGAGUUGAUACCGGCUGAAGAGAAAGGACAGGCUUUGUUGACAUUCCUUAGUAACUUGUCAUGGGAAGCUGCCUCUGUUCUUCUUAGCGAAGAUGAAUACUCCACUAAAGUGGCAAAGGUUGUUACUGAGUCUGCAGCUGCCUACAACGUUUGCCUGAGCAAGGCAGAUAAAGUACCUCUGGCAUCGCCCAUUAGCUUAACGGAAGGCGACGAAUCCACUCAGCAGGUGGAACUUGUGUAUCGGAAUGCUGUCAAGUCGGCGUUGGAUGAUGGUCGGGUCGCAGGAGUUGUAGUCAUAGCCAGCGGACAAACUCUUGUUCAGAUCAUGAGAGCCAUUUCAGCCGAGAGCGCGAAAAGCCGCCACACCUACUGGUUAUUCUCAGAUCUCCCAGAUGACGACCUUGACCUUGUGCGUGAGUCUGCCCGGCUCACGAAGGGUAUCUGGGUCGUUGCCAAUUCUCCUAUAGCCCUGGAUGAAUUUGAAGAACACUGGAAAAGCGUCCAAGACGUGGAAACACAACCUAGCGCAGAGAACGAGUGGGUGCUAGGGUACUUGCAGCAGGCCAAAGGAUGCCGUCUCCCAAGCUUCGUCCCUCCAGAAGGUGAGGUUGACGAAGUGUCUGCAAAGAUCCCCGAAUGCCGUUCCUUCCGCAUGAGAGAUGACGAUUUAGACGUCUUGUCGAGGACCAGAUCUGUAAUUCCAGCUAUUCAUGGACUGUUCACGUUUUUCACUGCCAUGAAAAAUGCUUGGAGACUGAAAUGUCGAAACAAACCAGGUGUGUGCCCGCGCCUCCAGGAGAUCAGUCGAGAAGAACUUAAGGGAGACUACUUGGCACCGCUGCGUUUUCGCCACGACGGACCUGGCACUCGUAGCCUUACAAGUCUAAAGGGAGGCAAGACGACCUUCGAUCGCUCAGGGAAGCUUUCAGGAGGGGCCAUAGGACUGUAUCGCAUUACGGGAAUCCCCGGAAAUAAGAGUGUGACGGUACACGAGGCUGUUGUUAUGGAGAAUUCAACAUUAAGAGAGACCAACCCGAGCCUUAUUCCAAAAGCAGUCAAAUGCCCACGAAGGUUUUGCAGUCAGUGUCUCCAUUUAACAGACGAGGAAAUAAAGAUAGAGAAUCUUACAACGUCAGCAGCCCUUUCCGUCGCAGAGAAACACAUCCUUGUGCCUUCUAUGGAUCAUGUGGUGAUUGCCGGCCUUUUCCCCAUUCACUUACCUUCACAAGAUGGAGCUGAUUGCAGUGACAUGAUUAAUGGAGAAGUUAUGCAGGAAGUCGAGGCAUUUCUCUGGGCAGUUGACCAUAUCAAUCGCCACCCCAAACUCCUGCCAUCCACGACUCUAGGAGCUCUUGUCCUGGAUACCUGCAGUUCUAGUAUACGGACAAUGAACCAAGUGACGAGUCUCGUUAAGGGAUUAUUACCUGGGGUCAACGUAGACAUCAGCGACAUUCAGCUCUUCGUGACCUCGCUCGACCCAGAAACUGCCAGGGUGACUGGAGAGAUGUUAUCAUCGCUUAAUGUGACUUCAAUCAACAUGGGUCCAUCUCUGGCUCACAACCCUUAUGCAUUGCAGAUGAGUCCACCAAUAAACAAGGAAGCUGAAGCUAUGGUUCAGAUGCUGAGAUUUCUUGGUUGGGACUACAUUUCUCUGGUUGUGUCUUCUGGGGAUCCAGAAAAUGUGGCUGGGGCAGAAGCCUUCAGAACAGUAGCUCGAGCGUCUCGUAUUUGCGUUGCCCUUGACCUUAAAAUGGUAACACUCAACAAGCCCAACAUGACGGAGACCCUUGCUGACCAGAUUGUUGAGCAGUUAACAGAGAAAGCUGUUCAGGGAGCUCGAGCAGUAUUACUUUUUCUUACAAUAGAAGACAUGGAAGUAAUGUUAACAGCUGUCCAGAAAGCUGUGAGAUUAAAUAGGCUCUUGAAGCAUCAGAUCAUCUUUAUAGGCACAUCUACUUGGGGUGACCAUCAAGAGAGAUUUAACAAAUUUGGUGAAGAACUUGGAGGAGCUUUGGUACUGAAAGAUGGACAGCAGGAUGUGAGAGAUUUUAUUGCUUAUUAUCGACUAAUGAAUCCUGAGAAGAACACUCAUAAUCCAUGGUUCAGACAGUAUUGGAAACAGCAAUUUGGAUGCAUAGGGGCUUCUUGUGCCUCAAGAGCAGGUCCACUUCCCAUAAUACCUUAUGUAUCAGUGCCCUCUACACCAAGAGUAAUCCAAGCUGUGUUCUCAUUUGGUGCUGCUCUCACACAGCUACUAGAACAUCUAUGUCCUCAUGCAGAAGGGAAGGUUUGCCCUGGUUUAGCUAAGUGGCGACAAAGGACUGUUCUUAACGAGUUUCUCAGAAAUACUGAAGUAUCUCGAGUGGAUAAGCCAUCAGAAUAUUUCCAGUUUACUGAGAAUUUCCAUGGUAAUGCCCCUUUGGAAGUCUACAAUCUCAGAAAAGUUAAAACAGCAAGAGGGAAUGAAAAAAAAUAUGAAAAGGUGGGACGAUACGUCGACAGUGGCUUGACUUUUGCAAAUACAAUGGCUGAAUACCAUAAUGGCAGCUUAGUUCGGCUGGAUACUCUACCUUCUUCUUGCCUGAACAGCUGUGUUGCAUGCAAACAGCAUGACACCGACUAUGUUAUUCUUGAUUCACCUGAUAAGCUGUAUGUCAUUGCAACUUUCAAUGUCCACAAAAAGGGUGAACGUCCUCUUGAAUGUGGUCCUCUCGACGGAGACAAGGGAAUCCAGAGUAUUGAGGCAUUACUUUGGAUGUUAGAUGGCAUCAACUCGGACCCUGAGAUCCUUCCUGGUAUAACUCUCGGUGCAAUCAUUUUGGAUGCUUGUAGCAGUAAAGAGAAAAUUGUGAGGGAUGUCACAAAUUUCCUUACAGGAAGAAUACCAGACAAGAUGAGAGAGAAGGUACCAUCAUCCAGCAACAUUGUUGGGCUAAUUGCUGGAGGGUUUGAAGAGGAAGUCGGCCAGGUGAUUGAUGUGACUCAGCCUUAUGGUAUUACAACCAUUGCCACCCAAGCCUCAAGCUCUACUUUUUCCAACACACGCCGUUUUCCUGUGUUGUUACGCCUUGCUCCACCUAAUGAUGUCACAGGUGCUGCCAUCUCCAGUCUGCUUUUGUACUGGCGUUGGGAAGUCUUCAGUGUUGUUUACUCUGAUGGAGGAACCUCGGGUGAUGUACUGAAGCACCUUUUGAGAGAAACUGAAGCUCACAAUCUUAAAUACGCCCUAGCCGAGCCAAUACCGAUGAAGGUUGACCAAGUGAAUUAUAUGCUGAAUGUCUGGAAUAAACUAGCAGAGGCAGCACAAGAGGGAGCACGUGCAGUCGUCCUUCUUCUGGAACCUCACCAUGCAGCCUUGUUCUUGCAAGCUGCUGCCAGGCUUCGGGAGGAGGAAUUGCUGCACACCGGAGACUUUGUUUUCAUAAUGGCCGAGUCUCCUUUGCCGUACAUCAAGAAUGAAAAUGAGGCACUGGGUACAUUGGUAGUGCAACCCAUCAGCGGAAGUGUCAAGCCAUUUCAUAAUUACUUCAGGAGUCUUUCAUUAGCUAACCACACUGUGUAUCCAUGGUUCCAUGAAUUCUGGGCCCAGGUAUUCAACUGUCGUGGUGCUGCCUGCUUCACAGGAACUGCUCUUAAUCUUGCUGGAUAUAAAUAUCGGCAGGCUGACAGUGUUGUGAGCACAGCAGAUGCCAUUUCAGUACUUGCCCGGGGUCUGGAGAGAUGGCGAAGAGAAGCAUGCUCAGGAAAACCUACUGGUUUCUGCAGUGAGCUAACUUCAGAUGAAAGGUACCGGGAGAAAUUGUUCCAGUACACUCGGUCAGUGACUUACAAUGGUGUAGAUAACCGACCUAUUGCUUUUACUGUUGAUGGCCACAAUCGUGCUGCUACAUUGCAGGUUAUGAAUUUCCGUCGUGUCAGAUCUCGAAAUGAUGGUGUCACAGGCUCAGGACUACUUCGUGUGGGAAUGUAUAAUGAGGAGAAAGGCCUUUCAUUAAAUGGGUCACUGGUUGUUACUUACGAUGCUGAAGGUGAAGAAAGGUCAAUGUUAGAAGUGAAAUCUCAGUGUAUUGACUUGGCUGCUUGUGGAGGAGUCGUAGCUGCCCCAAAGCCUACUAAGAAGAAGACCAAUCAUUUACAGAUGUUCCCAGAGCAGAGGUUUGGUAUCAGUGGUCUUGUGCCAUACCAUCACCAGGGCCAAACUUUCUUCACUUGUGGGGAAUUCUUCAGUGAGGGAAUUUUUCAAAAUAUUGCAGCUGUAGCUUAUGCAUUGAGCCAAAUCAAUAGCAACACAGUUGGAGUUGGUCUAGGGGCAAUAAUGUUCGAUUAUUGCGACAGAAUUGAGCGAGCAAGGGAACGAUUCUUCAGCUUCUUCUCAGGAGAGGCUCUCGAAAGUGAUGAAAGCAUCGUUUUAACUCCAAACAGAAUUGUUGCGUCUAUCAGUUUUGAUGAUGCAGCAGCAGAGGCCGUUUCAAACAUUCUUUCUUCUAAUUAUAUUCCUCACUUUAGCUCACCUGUUGCUGGCCAAAAGCUUGCUGACAGGGAAGAUGAAACUAUUCUUACCAGUGUACCUUCUAGAACAGCAGAACUAAGAACAAUUCUUAGUAUCAUUAAGGCUUAUAAUUGGAUGUUUAUUAGUGUUAUUUAUGAUAAUGAUGCAGAUGGUAAAUUUUUGAUGGAGAAAUUCCGCUCUUUUGCUCUGAAGGAAGACAUAUGCAUAGGAGAUUCUCUUGGCGUUCCAAAAAGAGUAUCUGAAGAAUAUGCCCAGGAAGUCAUUGAGACAUUAGCAGUAUCCUGGAAACCCAAAGUUAUAGUAUUGUUAAUGGAUGCAUCAGAUAACAUCAGGACCAUACUAAAAGUUGCUGAAAAAUUGGGUGAAGCAGAAACUUUCUCUUUCUUGGCUGGCAGUGCUUGGGGAAAUAAACCUGGUGUUGCUAAGGAUUUGGAUAGAAUUUCAGCUGGUGCUUUGACCUUUACAAUGGAAACCUAUGAUCUUCCCGAUUUUAGAAAUUUUGUUGCUAAUAUGUCCCUAGAAAAUCAUGAACCUUUCCCAGAUGAAUGGUUUGAAGAGUUCUUCCAAAAUAAAUAUGAAUGUAGGCUGUCAUCAAGCGACAGAGUUCAACGACAGUAUGUCAAAGAAUGUCUCGGAACAGAGAAAACACACCCAGAUGACAUUGUCCAAGAUCCUUAUGUGUUUCAUACCAUUUUAAGUAUUAAUGCUGUAGCACAUGGAUUAGAUUCUUACAUAACUGAACACUGUGUGGAUGCUGAAACUAUAGAUGACUGCAAUAUUGUCCAAGCUGAACUACUUUUAGAAAUAUUAAGGCAAAGCGAGCUAACACUGAACAACACAAAUGAUCCAAAUUCCUUUGAUCAGGAAGGGGCCUAUGGGUAUCAUAUAUGGAAUUACAGAAAAAUUGGUAAAGAAUAUGGUUAUGUUAAUGUUGGGAAGUGGGAAAAUAGCCUGCUUCGUUUGGAGAAGCCUAGCAUAGAGUUCAAGAUUGGCACAUUCGCCCCAGAUUCCUACUGUGAUGAAGGAGUUUGUCUUGAGGUUUGUUCUUCCCAGUCAGCUGUCUACGCAGCUAAAUCCCUUCCUAAACCUCUCCCAAUUGAGCAUAAUUUUGGCACCGUAUACGGCAUAGUCACUAGUUCCUUGAGUCUUCUUGGCAUUGUACUUAUAUUAGUAACAAUUGUCUAUUUUAUGAUGUCUUUCCCAACAGCAACAGGAACAUCAGUCUUAGGAUACAUGAUCCUUAUUGGUUGCUUGAUGUUAUAUGCUUCAAAUUUUGCCUUCAUUUUUCAACCGACUAUUGGAACCUGCGGUGUUCGAAGGUUCCUUAUGGGAGUUGCAUAUGCCAUUGUGUUCUCUGCCAUGCUUGUUAAGGUAAUUCAUACUUGGAGGGUGAUCACUUACACAAACUCCAGUAAUGAAUCUGAUAACUUUACCAAGCCUGGUGGACUUUUACUAGUUGCUUUAGCACUAGUUCUAGUACAGGUUGUACUUGGAGCAGCGUGGCUUAUUUUAUAUCCCCCUAGCAUUGAUUUGCAGAGUGACCUAUGGCGAUGUACUCCUACUGAGCAUUUUGAAGCAGAACUUGUAAUUUCACUUGUAUAUGUUAUGGUCCUCAUAGCAGCAACCAUUCUCUUCUGCUUUGAGACAUGGCACGCAGAUGAAAAUUCAAGAGAAACCAGGUGGAUUCUUUUAGCUUCCCUAUUCACCUCUAUUGCUUGGGUUGUGUGGACAGUGGUUGCUACCAAAGCUCCCAUCCAUUUCAGAGAUCCUGCCAUUGUCAUAGGAAACCUUGUGUCAGCUACAGUUGUGUUGCUAUUCUUAUAUGCCCGAAAGAUGUAUCUUUACAGCCAGUUAAGCAGAGAUGUGAAAGAUUUGGAGAUGAGAUCACAUUAUACUGCUGCGACUUCCUUGUACAAUGCAUCACUAAGUGCCCAAACUCACAAAUUGGCUGAUGGUUUGUCAAAAACUGGCACUGUAGACCUAACAGCAGGCAUGCCCAAUAGACAGUUUGUAGGUGACCAAGAGGUGAGCUUCAGGACUGUAACUUUGCCGCCAGAAACUCCUCAAAGUCGUAGGUCAUCUCGUCAUUCUACAACACCUUCGAGGCAUUCCUUGAGGCUUUCUCUUUCUGACGAACUACCAGAAGAUCUCACCUUUGAUGUCUUUGAGUCUUCAGAGGAAGAGUUCCCAGUUGAUGCUCAUAAUCUGAGCGAUAAUGAUGAAGGAGCAGUUGCAAGCUCAGUUGAAUGUAACAGGAGUAUUGGGUCAGAAAAGAGAUUGCCCUCCAUCAGACGGGUUGGAUCAAGGCAGAUGUUGGUAUUCCUGACAGAUGGUAACACCAUAGGUGAUGUAUCACGAAUAUAAUCCGCAAGGGUGAAGAAUAAGCAGUAACAUUGUGAUACCAGAAAAUAAAAGACAAGCAAGAUAAUUAUAAUCCUCGUUUUAUAGAAAAGUGAAAGAAUAAACUUGACCGUUUUUAGUGUGGUAACCCAUCGUGUUAGAUUUCACCACUUCUUAGGAAAGUUUCGUUCCAACGAAUGAAAUUCAGUGCGUGUGAAUGAGUGUAAAUAGUGUAUAUUUGUUUCUGCAUAGUUAAAUGCAGAUAUUUGUAUAUAUUUAAAAUAAAAUAUUAAGAUUGUUA